AUGGGAAGAAUGAGCUCUGAGAAAAACAUUACCAAUGUCUUCCAACCGGUCUAUGAUCGCGUAAAAGAGCUGAAGGCUUUUGAUGAUACAAAGAUUGGGGUAAAAGGGUUAGUAGACUCGGGUGCAAAAGACCUUCCGAAGAUAUUCAUUCGACCCCCUGAUGAGCUAUCAGAAGACCUCAAGUUUCCUUCUGUACAACGCCAAAUCCCUGUGAUAAGUUUUGAAGGCAUUGGUACGAAAGAGCACUAUGAUGCUAUUGUCAAAGAAGUCUUGUAUGAUACUGAGGCAAAGAAAGAGUUCAAUACCCGCGAUAUGUCGAGACAAGUUCUGUAUAUAAGCAAUUAUGACCUCUAUAAAUCACAUGCUGCCAAUUGGAGGGACAGUUUGGCUGUUAAUAUUUCAAAUUCUAGCCAUCUUGCUCCCGAAGAAUUACCUAAAAUAUGCAGGUUUUCAUCUGUAAUUGUUGUCUGA